AUGCUCUUUGGAAGCUCUCCACAUCUACCGUCGUCUUUGUCUCUCCCCCUUGCGCACUCGCUGCCUUGGUCUCAUUCAGCACUCAUCAUGACGCAUGCGGACCCAUGCAUGGUUGGUAUGGCAAAUCCUGCAAGCACUUUCUGCAUCCAACAGGGUGGUACGCUCGAAAUCCGUAAAGAUGCCGAGGGAAACCAGAUCGGCUUUUGCAAACUGCCUGAUGGCACCGUCGUCGAAGAGUGGGAAUUCUUUCGUUCAAAGAUGGAAGCCGAAGACCAAAACGAUCAGGUGUCGAUUCAGUUGAUAGACCCCGCAAGCGAAACCAGCGUUCAACAAGCUGGUACGCUCGACGUUCGCAAAGAAGCCAAGGAGGCCAAGGAAGCGUGA